GCACCCUCAGAGGACGCAGCUAUGGAUCUGGAUGGAUUAAGCAACGCAACUAAUGCAGCCGACUCUUACAGCGAGUGGUCGCAAUGGAGCCGCUGCAUCGACUGCCUGCAGCGACGCAUGAAGACGUGCAUCCACAUCAGCUGCCACAAUUCCCGCAUGUACGAAGAACGCGAGUGCCAAAAGAAGCGCUGCAAGCGAAAACGGAAGAAACUGAUCUCAUUCCACGUGCUCCACCUGAACACGAGCAGCAGCUACUUGAAGAAGCAGGCGCCCUCCGAGAUCUGGAGCCGCUGGACCAAGUGGUCGGAGUGUUCGCCAGACUGCCGCACCUACAGGGUACGCAGAUGCAAAAAGCCGGGCAGAUGCAAGAAACAGGUGCAAACCCAGGCAGCCUAUUGCUACCAUGAAAGGACCCGCUGCGAAGAAUGGGUGUUGGGCCAGGUGGAGGCGAAGCAACGGCGCAACUCCUUAGACAGCCGAAAGUACCAGUACACCUACCACAACAACCAGUACAUCACCAGGGAGUCGAAGACAAGGGCCGACAAGUGCGGCGUGACCUUCAGCAAACCGCAGAUGCUCAGAAUCAUCGGGGGGACGGAGGCGGAGAAGUUCAAAUGGCCCUGGCAUGUGGCCAUCCUCAACCAGUUCAAUGAAGUCUUCUGCGGGGGCACUCUGAUCGCGUCCAGGUGGGUGCUGACCGCCAGCCACUGCAUCAGAAAGCAGCUGAGAGUGCGGCUGAACGCCCAUGAUCUGAGAUCGCGCCAUGGCGACGACAUCGAAAUGGGCGUUUACAAGAUGUUCGCCCAUCCCAGGUUCGAAAUGAAAACAGUGGACAACGACAUCGCCCUGCUGAUGCUGCCCCGGCAGGUGCGCGUGCCAGUCGCCUGCCUGCCCAACAAGAAGCCGAAAGCGGGCCAGAUCUGCUCGGUGAUGGGAUGGGGCAAAGUCCAAACCACCGAUCUGUAUGGGGUUCCGGUUCUACAUGAAGCUAAGCUGCCUCUAGUGACGCACAAGACGUGCAAAAGAGCCUACAAAGAGUUCCUGAUUAGUGGCAACAUGAUGUGCGCCGGUUGGAAGUCCGGCAAGGCCGAUACUUGCGCAGGAGACAGUGGCGGAGGCCUAAUGUGCCCCAACCAGAAGCCCAGCAAGCUGGUCUACAGGGUGCUUUACGUUGCAGCGUGCAAGGCAUUACUAGUUUUGGGGACGGCUGUGGCGGCAAGAACAAGUUUGGAAUCUACACAGCCGUCUACAACUACAACGGCUGGAUUCGCUACGUGAUCGACCACUACUCUUAAGCGACUAGUCCUGGGACGAUAAUUCGAGGCGCGCGAUCUCGAGACUGUGAUAUAUUUACCAUACUGCCCAACCUGCAUCUAAUCGUUAGUCUAGUUUAAGCAUAGUUUGUCCCAAGCUAUAUGGCAGUGACGUCAUUAUUAUUAAGCGCCUUUGGCGCACUAGCGCCAUGAACGAUAACUGAAUUGCUAUACAUAAGUGUUGCGUUUUUAUCAACACCCGUAACUAAACUAAAACUGGUAAGUCUUAAUGUAAGAAAGUAGGCCUAGUAUAUUGGAUUUUUUCAUAAAAUAAAGUUAUUUUGCGGUUCCUCUGAAUAUAUGCAACGUGGCCAUGCAUGAAGACGUGGGAGGGACAAUCAGAAUUUUGAUGCGAA